AAAAAACGGAAGAAGAUGAACGGAAAUGACGUGUUACGCAAUAUUACGUUCUCAUGCUCUGUUGACUGUCAGCUGCCGCUUUCGUUCGCACGUGGAAGUUGCAUUUCCAAUUUUCCCUUCCUCAUGUUCGCGACAUGUAGGGAAUUUUCUGGAAGACUUUUCCAUUUAGGCUUCAACCUCAGCUGUAGCAUCUCCUUCAAAACCAGCACGUUUCACCCUAUUGCACAGCUUUCUACUUCACAUUGUUUGUUUCCCCAUCACCCCCUUCUAUCGACAUCCCGUUUUCCUGUACUCAGGUCUGCUAGAGUUAUUCGUUACCUUUCCGAUUUCACCCAUCCUACUGCAUACAUGGAUUUAAAGGGAGUGCUGGAGGUUCUCGAGCAGCUCGCUCCACUCUCAUUGGCUGAAUCGUGGGAUAAUGUCGGGCUGUUGGUGCAGCCCAGCAAACCCCGUCCAAUCAAAUCAAUCCUGCUAACCAAUGACCUGACCACGGCCGUCAUGGACGAAGCUGUAGCGAUGAAUUGCGACCUCAUUGUCUCAUACCACCCGCCACUCUUUCGCCCUUUCAAGCGCUUGCUUCAGAAGGACUGGAAGCAGCGGUUGGCUGUCAGAGCAAUAGAGGGCGGUAUUGCCAUUUUCUCCCCGCACACUUCAUGGGACAGCGUUGAAGGUGGCGUUAAUGAUUGGCUAGUUGGAGGAAUGGGAAGCGGGAAGGUGUCGGUAUUAAGUCAAGCCCACUCUAGCGGCCCGCAGAAACACAGGCUUGAGUUCUUCUGCGUGAACAAUGAAGAACUAAACAGUCUUUUGGAGCAGCUAAGACACAUAGAAGGCAGUGAAAACUUCCAGUGCUCCGCAUUAAGAAAUGAAAGUGGAGGGCAGCAGGUGAAUCUCAUCUUUAACAGUUUAGCGCUGACUGCUGCGGUGCAGAUUCUGGUUUCAAAUCCACAUGCCAGCAGAUCCCUGAACAUCACACAAGUCCAACAGCCUCCUUUGUUGGGUUGUGGUCAGGGGCGACUCGGUGUUCUGGAUGAGCCAGUGUCUGUUUCUACAGCAGUGCAGAAAAUGAAGACUCACUUGGGUUUGCCCCAUUUGAGACUGGCUCUGGGGGACCAGCAGACAUUAGACUCUCUGGUGAAGACGGUUGCAGUAUGUGCAGGGUCUGGAGCUUCUGUCAUACAAGGCGUAAAAGCAGACCUUUACAUCACUGGUGAGAUGUCUCAUCAUGAGGUUCUAGAUGCGGUUUCUAAAGGCACGAGUGUGAUUCUCAGUGACCACAGCAACAGUGAGAGAGGCUUCCUGGCCGUAUUCAAACAGAGACUAAAUGCACGACUGGGCGACACGGUUACCGUGGCGAUCUCCCAAAGAGACCAGGAUCCACUACAGGUGGUCUGAUUUCAUCCGGUCGCACAUUUAGUAUUCAGUCAGAGUAGACUGAAUAUAUGAAUAUGAAUAUAUCAUAAAGAAUUUUCAUCGUCUGACCUUGAAAGGGAUAGUUCACCAAAAAAAAAAAGACAAUUCUGCCAUCAUUUACUCACCCUCAAGUUGUAC